UUCGUCAGGGAGGAUUGUGUCAUCAGAGCAGCACAAGUGAGAGACUGUCCAGCUUCACAAGCUUUUGUCCUGAAAGAUGAUGGACAUCCUGGACCUGCUGAAGGGAGAGGACACACCAACAUCGCGUUUUCUCUCCAAACUUUCCAAAAAAGGUUUAUUUUAAGAGUGUGACCAAAUAUUGAAGAAAACAAUUGAUUACAGCACUUCUUCCUUUCAGAUUUUGAACUUCUUUGGGAAGCCAUCUCCAUCUACAUUAAACACAAGAUGACUUUGCAGAAAGUAAUGCCAUCUAUAUAUCUAUCCAUCCUUCCAUCCAUCCAUCCAAAAAUAUUCUCCACUAUUGAUUAAUUCUCUUGUAAUAGGGGGUCCACUUGCCGGGGCUGGGAACCUUCACGUUCUCUCACCAGAACCUGGACAUUGGACACAAGUUCAUUAGAAAUCAACAGCCUCUCUUCAUUGUUGCUGGGAAACUUGCUGGAUGUUUUGGUUUAAGGCAGGAAGGUCCAUUUGCUGCAGCAGCACACCUGCCGGUGGUGCAGCUGAACUUUGCAGCCGUGUCACAGGGCUCUCCAUUCAGCCGGGAAGUUGUGGAGGGAUGCUUUAGAGAAUCUCUCCAGCUGCUCUACAGAGCUUUGGCCUCUCAGAAACAUGUGUCUCUUCCCUUCAAAGGAGUUGGAAUUUUGUCCUUCAAGAAUAACAAGGUCCAGAUGAAGUUCAACAGAGAUUUUCUCAAUGCUAAAAAUAAAACUGUGAGGCUUCAGACAGGCCUGAACUUGAGAGCAGACAGCGGGGUUUCUUCACUCCCUAACAGCUCACAGCCAGACAGCUCUGUUCCCCUGCUGAAUGUUUCUUUUUCUCACGAGAGCAAAGCAAAUGGCAAAAACAGAGGCGGCUUAUCAGCAAAAACAGAUCAGAAGAGGAAUGCGGGAGAGGUUGCUCAUCAGAGAGAGUCCAAAUCCCAUCAGCCACUGCAGCCUGCCAAGCCGAAAGCUGUCACCAUGACUGAGGAACUGAACCUUAACCCCCUCGUGGAGGCCAUAAACAAGUACCCAGAACACAGGGAGACAAAACCGUGAGGACAGAAGAGCUCCAACGCAGCACAGGGUGGCUCAGUUUGCACUGCAUUGAGCUGUUGUCUGCAGGUUAUGAGUCAGAGAAAGUUGAUCGCUCAGUGGGGGUCACCCACUGACGUCCAGCUCCAUCAAUGAUGUACGGCUAAUGGUUGGGGAAAUUCUUUGGUGUCUUCUUCACCUACAGCCCCUUUCAGCUUUGCAAACGUACAGCUAAAACAAGCACACGUGCAAUCUGAACCACAGAUUCUUUUAACUGCUUCACCACAGGGUUUUCAAUCACAGAAGAGUUGGCUACUUUUAAUAGGUUUGUCAUUUUAAAAUGCCAUUUUUGAUCAGUCUCGUGACAUUUUUUAAUUUCCUUUUUUUAAGUCCACUUUUGAAUUGUAAAAAUAUGCACAGAUAUGAAGUAGAUACUUACUUUUUCAGGUUCAUAAUGGGAAUAAUGAAUUAGAUAGACUUUUUUCAAUUUCACGUCCCGCUCAGAUCACUUUUUUAUCUAUAGGAAAAAAAACAAUCGUUUUCUAGUUUCUGCAUGAGUUCAUCUGAAAAUCGCCUCUGAGUUGUGGAUGGGACUGUCGGCGCGGAGUAAACCUGCCCCCACUUCCCAUCACCCAUCCCUGUGUUUACACUCUCUCCUGCUAGGUUACAGCUCCUCACAUACCUAACCUAACCUAUUGGUGCAACAAAAGUAGUGAUCAGUAUUGGAGAUAUCCAGUCGUACAGUUUUUAAGCCAGAUGGCAGCUCAGACAAAGAAAACAAAGACGUACAUGGAUCUAUUCAUCUACAAGUGAAUGAAUCAGAAUGAAGCAGAGCAGGGAGCUUGUGGCUUGCCGUAGUAGCUUUCACGGCCUCAUUCGAACUGCUUCCCUACACCUUCGUUUCUCCUUAUCCUUACAUUUUAUCACUUUAUACUAUCACUCCAAGCAGAGAGAUAUGGAAAAAAUAGUGUCUUCAAAUCUGGAUUCUACUACCGCUUAAUGACAUCAAUAGUCACUGGUCAUCUACGUUAGUGCGUAGCUGCCAUUGCUUGGAAAAUAUAUAAUACCAAUUUCAUAACAUAAAAAAGUCAUGCAAGAGAAAAAAUGCAAUACUUAAAUUGAAAUGUAAACUUCUGCGCUUUAGAGCACGCCCUUGUGAAGAAAUGCGUUUCUCCUCCACGCCACAGCGCAACGUGGAUUAACCCACUGGAAGAGAGAUAGCCAGCCUUAAGUCGCUACGGCUCCCCCUUUAAGAACACUUUUGAACACCACUAGGGCUUCAAAUACUCCUACAAUUGGAGCAAUAGCGGGUAAGGAAGCAACUCAGAUUUGGCCCACGUCACAGCUACGAGCUUUUUUAAAAAGCAUUUUUUAUCUGCUCCUGAUUCCCAACAAUUUGAAUAAAGAAAUACUCAGAAAUGCAAUUUAAGCCUUAUUUUUUUAAUAUAUAUCCUCCAUCCUCAUAAAAUUUUCCUAACAGCUGCUAAUCUACUGUAUGGGAAUCUAAAGGCACAAAAUAACGUACUUUAAUUGUGCAGUUGGCAAUAAACAAUUUGGUCCCACUUUCAGACACAUCACCUCAGAUUCACUACAGGAGAAGCCUCCUAACAUCGACAAACAUCUUUUGAAGGUGAACCCCUCCAGUCACAUCCAUACAGGACAGGAGCUGUGCCACGUGUGUAUGCAGCGCUCCCAGAGAAAUAUCCCAGUGUACCUGAGGGAGCAGCAUCAGGCGGAGGAGAGAGUGCAAGAAAAACUCCUACUGUUUAAUCGACAAAUGAAAGAUGAGCAGGAAAUGGCGCGGGAAACGGCAAAGCUGGCUGAGCAACGUGAGCGUGCAAAGCAGACAGCUGCCCUCAACUUGAAAAUGUCAGAAAAGAAACAGAAGACUUGUCUUCCUGUCCUCCCUAGCACUUUCAUCUUGCUGACUCGGCGGGUCACACCUCCUAAGAGGAUUCAGCAGCAUCAAUACAUGAGGGAUCUUCAGAGUCAGAUGGAGAGGAAACAGGCGCAGGAGGAUCUGGACCAGCAGAACCGCUUCCUCGCCGAGCGUCUCGACCAGGUCCAGCUAAUACAAGAGACAGCUCUCCACCAGGCUCAACAGCACCAACAGAAACAGGAGAAAAUCAAGACUUACAAGAAGGCUCUGGACAUGCAGGUGGAGAAAAAAAAGUGUUUGGAAACAUGUGAGCAAAAGUCAACCUUCAGGAACCGCUGUGAGACUCCGUUCAUAAAUGCAGAGAACCGGGAGCGAGCACAGAAGUUGUUUGAAGCCAAUUUGAAUGCUGCCACUCUGAGGAAGAAUGAAGAACUGCAGAAGCGCCUGGUGCAAGUGGACAAAGAGAGGAGGAUGCUCAGACACCGUAAAAUGGAGCUGAUAAUGGACAACAUAAACCACUUUGAAAAGAAAAACAGCAUCAGCAAGUCCCUGGAGGACGAUUGGAGGCGUAGUAUAAAGGUCAAGCAUGAGAGGGAAGAGGAGGAACGGCGUCAUCGCAGGUUUGCUGGUCAGCUCCUCGUAGAUAAGCUUGCAGAGUACAGACGGUGCUGUCAGUGUAAGAGGAAGACCAGCAACCGCGGACAAACCAACAUCUGGAAGGACUCUCAUUAUCUCUCCGGUACACAGUUCAUGGUUUGAACUGCAAAGACGAUACCAAGUUUUACCUGUAUAAAGUAUGUUACUUUUUUCUUCUUCAGUUCCUCCUAAUCUUUUGAAUUGUCUAUUGGUUUUCAUCAAAUUGUAACUAGGGCUAGUUAGAAAAAGAUAUUUUUUCAUCUUAAUCUCACGAUGGAGAAAUAACUUUCUUACCAAAAAAGCUACAGCUAACACUGAGAACAAAAGAUAAUAAUGGAUAAUGAUGGACAUUAAAAAAACAGUGAAAUGCAAUAAUUAACAGCAAUAAUAACACUAAAAUGUGAUCAAUAACACAACGAAACAUCCUGUGUCUAUGAAGUGUUAUAGCGUCUAAUAGCUGAUGGGACGAAGGAUCUGGGAAAGUGCUCCUUCAUGCAGGGAGGAGUUAAAGUCUCUGACUGAAGGAUCUCCUCAUUGUACCCAUGGUCUGGUGCAGAGAAUGAUGAUGCAGAGGAUUGCUAACGAUCGAUUUCAGCUUCGAACAGAGGCGGAUCUCCACACCAGUUUGUCGAUCCUCACUCCAUAAAAGAGAGCAGAUGCAACAACGCCAUCAUAAAAAAAUAAAUACAUAAAAUCUUGAGUCCUGCAAACUCAGAGGGACCUCAGCCUCCUCAGCCUCUUCAGCUUCUCCGGUGGCGUUUUGUUGUCAAGCAACAGCAACUGAGGCACCCACAGGCCGCUUCAGACUCAGUGUGAUGGAAAAAAUUAUUGUCUGUUUAAUUUUAUUUUUUUGAGCAGAUGCUUCAUAUUCUUGCAUGAUGCAGUUGUGAUUAAAAUGUGUUGAGUGAGGUGUG